CCUACACCCACACUCCUCUCCAGACCCAUCCUGUGCUCCAUCAUGGCUGACGACGAGGAGCGCAUCAAAGCUGAAAAGCUGGCGGCCGCCAAGAAAAGGGUCGCGCAGCUACAGAAGCAGAAGAAAAAAGCCAACAAGAAAGCUGCGGGCAGCUCCGAUUCUUCGAAAGCCGCGGCGCCCGAGACCCCUGCCGCCGCCGCCGCCGCUGCUGAACCCUCGCCGGCUGAUGAUGCUGUACCGACGCCGGUGAUAGCAUCGGAUACCCCAGUGAUGGUGGUAGAGGGAGCAGAAGCGCAGUCUGUUGGUGAUACCGCCGGCGCCGCCGUCGACGCUGCUGCUACACCUGUUGAGAUUGGGGGAGUACCUCAACCUGGAGUAGAAGUAGAAGCAGUAGCUGCGGAGACGUUACCCGCGACCGAGGAAUCAGAACAGCCUACCACUACGACUGAAGAACCGAAGGAACCCAUACCAGAGGAGCAGGAUGAGACAAAAGAGGCAGCAGCAGAACACGAAGAUGGAGGCGUAGCACCGCAACCCGAAGAACAACCGCCCGCCGCCGCAGAAUCCCCCCAAGCAUCCCCCACCGCCACCGAACCCAUGCCCGACGCGCCCAUUACGAUGUCGCCGGAUAGUGAAGAAGCGCCGGCCUCUGUGCCCGGCACGACCCGACUCGACGCCCCGCCGACUCGUCCCGCCGGCCACGGACGCCAGCCUUCUUUGUCGAUUCAGUCGAAGAUGCGGUCGUCGUCCUUCCGGAAGGGGUCGGUGUCGCAGGGUUCGCUGUCGCCGUCGCCGUCCGCGCCUGUUGGAGGAGGCGGGGGCAUGCUCAAGUCGCCUUCGUUGCCGCCUUUGAGUGCGGAUGGCGAGGCGGUGCAGGAGGUGUACCGGAAGCAGUCGGCGCGGAUUGAGGAGCUGGAGCGAGAGAAUAAACGGUUGGAGAAGGAGCGGGAGGAGGCGACGUGCCGUUGGAAGAAGUCGGAGGAUCAGCUGGAGGAUCUGCGGGAGGCGAGUGUGGAUGCUGAGGAGUUGAAGGAGAAGUUGGGGAGGGCGGAGGAGAAGGUCGCGGAGAUUGAGGAGUUGAAAGCGGAGAUUGCUUCGCUACAGAGACAGAACUCGCACCUGCAAACGCGAACGCACCGCAACAACGCCAGUGUGUCCGCCCCGGGACAGUCCGAGUCGCCGCCGGCGGAUCUGGUGAAACAACUCGAGUCGAAGGCCGCAACGAUCGAGGCGAUGGAGCUGGAGAUCUCGAACCUGCGCGCGCAGCUUUCGUCGCAGACGACCUCGAGCAGCGCGCAUGAGGCCCAGAUCGCGGCGCUGGAGGAGAAGCUCGCGACCGGUGAGACCGCGCUGGAGAGGUCUCAGCGCGAGCUGGCGGAUACUAAGGCGGCCUUGACUCGUGCCUCGGAGAAGGCGGUCAAAGAGGGCGUCGACAAGACUUCCAGCGAGACUCUGAUCAAGAGCCUUCAACGGGAGGUAGAAGAGCUGAAGCAGGAGAAGGCCGACGCGGAGAAGAAGAUCGAGACCCUGGAGAAGAAGCUCGAAGCCAUGGGCAACCUGCACCGCGAAUCCGAAUCCCGUCAUCAAGCACGACUGCGCGAGAGCGAGAAGGUGGAGAAGGAGGCCGCGGUCCUGCGCAAGCGACUCGCGACCGUGGAGAACGAGAACCUCCGCCUGAAGGAGGAGCAGGAGACCCUUCGCAAGCGCGAGGCCGGCGGGGCCGAUGACGAUGCUCUCGACGAACUCGAGGACGAGGAACGCUCUCGACUGCAGCGGCGGAUCCGUGACCUGGAAGGUGAGGUCUUCGAUCUUCGCCGCGGUGUAUGGCAGGAGAAGCGCGAGGAGCUCGCCGGCGGAGCCGAUUAUCACCCCUCCUUCAGCGGGGACCCCGACUCGGCAACUGCUGCGGCGGCGAAUACCUUUGACGACGUCGACUUGAUCGGCGGCUCAUCUGCCGAUCACGCUCGCCGCCGCAGCAUGGCCCAGAGCAAAUCCCACGGGCAGCACUCAUCCUUCUCGACUGUGCUUAGCAGUGGGAUCGCCGCGUUCACGGGCGGGAACACUUUCUACGGGAACCGAGGCCGCGCCUCGUCGAACCAGCAGCCGGCUGGCACACGGGGUAGCUUGGAGCUUCUGUCGGAAGAGAACCUCGAUGAUGAAUUCGACGAGGCGGAGUUUGCGCGUGCGCAGGCAGAAGAGGAAGCUCGCAAGCGGGUGGAAUGGGUGCGCGAGAUUAAGAGGAAGCUCAGGGACUGGCAUGGUUGGCGGUUGGAUUUGGUGGACAGUCGGGCUGGUGCUGAGGGCGCCGGCGUCGGGAUGGGAGAGAUUUUCGAGAUUUAA